CGCCGGCUGAGCUGGGUCUCGCGGCUCGGUGCGCGGCAGCGGACAGCGAGGCCUGGUGAGCGCCGCCGUAGCGCGCGCCGGCUGGUCAAGGUUGUGCGCGGAAGGGGCGCAGCGGGCGGACAAGGAGCGAGCGAUUCGCCUUCGCAGUGGCACCUGGACCGGUCGCCUGGAGCCGAAAUCAUGACCACUCCAGGAAAAGAGAACUUUCGCCUGAAAAGUUACAAGAACAAAUCUCUGAAUCCUGAUGAGAUGCGCAGAAGGAGGGAGGAAGAAGGACUGCAGUUACGAAAGCAAAAAAGAGAAGAACAGUUAUUCAAGAGAAGAAAUGUUGCCACAGCAGAAGAGGAAACAGAAGAAGAAGUUAUGUCAGAUGGCGGCUUUCACGAGGCCCAGAUAAAUAACAUGGAGAUGGCACCAGGUGGGGUCAUUACCUCUGACAUGAUUGAGAUGAUAUUCUCAAAUAGCCCAGAGCAGCAGCUAUCUGCAACACAGAAAUUCAGGAAACUACUUUCAAAAGAACCUAAUCCUCCUAUUGAUGAAGUCAUCAACACACCAGGAGUAGUGGCCAGGUUUGUGGAGUUCCUCAAACGAAAAGAAAAUUGCACACUGCAGUUUGAAUCAGCUUGGGUCCUUACAAAUAUUGCUUCAGGAAAUUCUCUUCAGACACGCAUUGUGAUUCAGGCAGGAGCAGUGCCUAUUUUCAUCGAAUUGCUUAGCUCAGAGUUUGAAGAUGUCCAGGAGCAGGCAGUCUGGGCUCUUGGCAACAUUGCUGGAGAUAGUACCAUGUGCAGGGACUAUGUCUUAGACUGCAAUAUCUUGCCCCCUCUUCUGCAGUUAUUUUCAAAGCAAAACCGCUUGACCAUGACCCGGAAUGCAGUGUGGGCUUUAUCUAAUCUCUGUAGAGGGAAGAGUCCACCUCCAGAAUUUGCUAAGGUUUCUCCUUGUCUGAAUGUCCUUUCUUGGUUGCUGUUUGUCAGCGACACUGAUGUACUGGCUGAUGCCUGCUGGGCCCUCUCAUACCUGUCAGAUGGGCCCAAUGAUAAAAUCCAGGCCGUCAUCGAUGCGGGAGUAUGUAGGAGACUUGUGGAGCUUCUGAUGCAUAAUGAUUAUAAAGUGGUCUCUCCUGCUUUGCGGGCUGUGGGAAACAUUGUCACAGGGGAUGAUAUUCAGACACAGGUCAUCUUGAAUUGCUCAGCUCUUCAGAGUUUAUUGCAUUUGCUGAGUAGCCCAAAGGAAUCUAUCAAAAAGGAAGCGUGUUGGACAAUAUCCAACAUUACAGCUGGAAAUAGGGCACAGAUCCAGACUGUGAUAGAUGCUAACAUGUUCCCAGCUCUUAUUAGUAUAUUGCAAACAGCAGAGUUCCGGACAAGGAAAGAAGCCGCUUGGGCCAUCACAAAUGCAACUUCUGGAGGGUCAGCUGAGCAGAUCAAGUACCUAGUAGAACUGGGCUGUAUCAAGCCACUCUGUGAUCUCCUCACUGUCAUGGAUGCAAAGAUUGUACAGGUUGCCCUAAAUGGCUUGGAAAACAUCCUGAGGCUUGGAGAGCAAGAAGCCAAAAGGAAUGGCUCAGGCAUUAACCCUUACUGUGCUCUGAUUGAAGAAGCAUAUGGUCUGGAUAAAAUUGAGUUCUUGCAGAGUCAUGAAAACCAGGAGAUCUAUCAAAAGGCUUUUGAUCUUAUUGAGCAUUACUUUGGGACCGAAGAUGAGGACAGCAGCAUUGCACCCCAGGUUGACCUUAGCCAGCAGCAGUACAUCUUCCAGCAGUGUGAGGCUCCUAUGGAAGGUUUCCAGCUUUGAAGCAAUCCUCUGCUUUCUUGUUCCUGUGUCAGACCAGGCUACCCAGUCAAGUCCUCUUGUGGAGCCCACAGUCCUCAUGGAGCUAAUUUCUCAAAUGUUUUCCAUAAUACUGUUUGCGCUCAUUUGCUUGCCUUGCGCACUUGCUCUCUUACACACAUCUGGAAAACCUCUGGCUCUCUGUGGUGGAUUAUCCUUUUAUUACAAGGGUAACCAGAAUGGCCCACUCUCUUAUGGAAAAACCCCUAAGCUUUGGAGAUCCGCACUUACAUUAGAGUCAUGAGAAUAUAUACACAUAUUAAUGUGGCUCCCUUUUUUGUGAGGGAUAAAAAGAGGACUCUUCCUCAUUCCGUAAAGUGGGGAAAAAUGACAUUAAAAGAUAAAACUAAAACCUUUAUCUUGAAUUUUACACAACUACUUGGACAAGGGAAAUGUUUAGACUUGUGUAUACGUCAGAGUACUCUUCUCGAGCUCUUCCACAGUGAACCAAUCCUUGGAGUACCCGGUGGCUUUUCUAGCCAAAUUUUCU